AUGUAUCAACCAAAUCAAGUACAACUUCCUGAACAUGGAUAUCCAUACACAACUCGCGCAACUCCUAGCACUUAUCGAUUGGCGUUUGACUCGAUUAAUGAUGACUAUAAGAUUCUUAAGAUUGACAACAAGGGAAGUUCGACAUCAUUCAAUAAAAUCUUUGCACUAAAGAGUGGUUGUUGGAGAAAUAUUGGUAACCAUUGUCGUGGCUUUGUGAAUAACGUGUGUGGUGAAGAAGACUCUUUGGCGUUUGUUCGUGGUGCAUUUCAUUGGAUCGGUAAAGAUAAUCUAUCCAGGCAUUUUAUGAUUUCACUUAAUAUAUCAAAUGAGGUGUAUGGGGAGAUAUCGUUGCCGGAGGGAAUAUGCAAUAUUCACGGCAGUCAGAUAUGCCUAGAGCGUGACAUUUCUGUAUUACAAGGAAUGCUUUGUGCUUAUCGUACUCACCUAUCGCCAAGGGACUGCACUUUUAAGUUAUGGGUAAUGAAAGACUAUGGUGUCAAGGAAUCUUGGACUGAAUUAUUUAGCAUACGAGGUCCCGAGUUGUACCAAAAUAUUGGUUUGCAGAUGGUGAAGUGCUACUCUACUUCAGUAUGUACCAAAAUGAGGGGUUAA